AUGACAAGAACCAUAUUAGACGUGGUCAAGGAUUGCGACAACUUCACAGCCCCGGAUAAUGACACGCCCAUAGCAACCGACUUUUGGCAACAAUACUAUACCUUCAAAGUCAAUGGCUGCAACGCAGUACUGGGGUAUAUCCCCCAAUCUAUAAUUGGAAGAAUCCAAUGGACCGACACAUGGACAAUCGACCAGGACUCAAGGACCGUUGUGCUAAACACGCCACUCACGGCCACACGUGAGACACGUUCCCAAGCACUGAUCCAAACCCUAAAAGCCACCCAAAAGGCCGGUGUGAUCUCAAUGCUGAACAAAUGGCGAAAUGAAACAUUUCCAAUCUACGACUCUAACGGCACCGUCCUUCUCGAGAUCGAGCGCUGCGCAAGCGCCUUGUUCGGAAUAGUAACCUACGGCGUCCAACUCCUCUGCUAUACCAACUCCAACCAAAAAGGUCUCCACCUCUGGAUCGGAAAAAGAUCAAGCAAAAAGCAAACCUACCCGGGGAUGCUGGAUUGUACCGCAGCAGGGGGUCUACCAACAGCAACACUUCCUAUAGACGCUGUCAUGUGCGAAGCACAAGAAGAAGCAUCUAUACCAUACGCGUUUAUCAGGACGAAUAUCAAGUCUAUGGGGCCGAUUAGCUAUUUCCAUGUGAGGGGUGACAAGGCUGGUGGGGAAAUUGGGUUGUUACAGCCUGAGGUUGAGUAUACGUAUGAGCUUGAAUUGGAGGGUGGAAUGGUUCCGACGCCGAGUGAUUCUGAAGUGGAGAGUUUUAGUUUGUAUAGUGUUGAGGAGACGGUGGGGUUUUUGAAAGGGGGGUUGUUUAAGCCGAAUAGUGCGGUUGUGAUUGUGAAUUUUUUGAUUGAGCAUGGGAUUGUGAAUGGUGAGAAUGAAGAGGAUUAUGAGGAGAUUUUGGCACAUUUGCAUCGACCGCUUGAGUUUCCUGUUGUGAUUCAGUCGUCUACUUGA